AUGAAGUUCACUCCCAGCUUCCUGAGCAUUGGACUCCUCGCCCUGCUUGGCUCAUCUGCUGCUGCCAAUGAUGACGCUUGUUGCCGACACGAUGUGACUACAAGCAGUUACCACGAGCACAUUCUCAACAACUACCUUUCCGUCUGGGAUGGCGACCUGUCCCUCCUGACCUCCACAUUCCACCCUGAUAUCGUUGUCUACUCCGACCGCUUCCCUUCCUCCACUGGAAAUGGCAGUGACGCUACCGUGAUCACCAACCGUGAGCAAUUCGCUACUUUUGUCGAGAGGGCCCGUGAUGGAUGGCAGAGCUACACCUUCAACCCUAUCACAUGGGUAUCUGGCGGCCACUCUGUUGCCGUGCGCUGGAAGAUGGAAGGAGUUCUUGGAAGCAACUUUACCCUUUUCGAGACACCACUGACGGCUGGUUCUAACGUCACCUACAACGGCACUGACUUCCUUGUUUUGGAUGAGUGCACUGGCCUCAUUAAGACCGACUACAUCGCCCAGGACCUCGUCACAUACUUCCAUGCAAUGGGGUUGGACUACAUUAGCGUCUAA